AUGCUCGAAGCAAUGGUGUAUAUCACUGUCUAUUUCAUAGCUUUAGUUGCUGGUAUUCAAGACGUUAAAGUCGAUACAAUGUCAUUUAAUAUUCGUACUUCAUUGGCUUCGACCGAUGCUGGAUCGACGUGUAGUAAUUGGGACGGAAUUCGAAAAGAAAAUGUCUUGAGGAAUAUCAAGACAGUCGGUGCUGAUUUUGUUGGGACACAGGAGACUUCGGAUGCUCAAAAAGUCUAUUUGGAUGCUCAAUUAGCAGGCAUGUAUAACGUCAUUGGACAAAGUACUGGCUCUCUUAAUAAUAAAGCUGCCGAAUGGAAUGCAAUGUAUUAUCGAGCGGAUACAUGGAAACUCGUCAUUGAUGGCAUGUUCUGGCUUGGACCGGAUCCAAAUACCAUGUCUGCUGGAUGGGGGAUGACGUACUACCGGACGUGUGUCUGGGGUCGAUUUCAACACAUUGCGACAGGAGCUACCAUUUGUGUCUUGAAUACACAUUAUGAGACUCCAGGCAAUGACGAAGCACAGGAGAAUGGAUCGAACAUUAUACUCGAACGUAUUAAAGCUAAUUGUGAUGCCAAGGAUAACCUUAUUGUCUUGAUGGGAGACUUUAAUGCACUCAAGAGCUAUUCGGCCAUGAAAAUCAUGUUUGAUCACGACAUGAAGGAUCCAUCAAAUGAAGGCACAUUUUGUGGUGACAUGCUGUCACCAACUUGCUCUGUCAAGUAUGAUUUCACGCUAUUCCGUUCUCAGCGCAAAGACGCUUGCUAUUUGAAGUCAGAAAUCUCGCGUAUUGCCUAUAACGGCUGCUAUACGUCCGACCACGCCGGACUAAUUGGCAGCUUUUGCCUCCAGGGUUCUUGCUGUUUGGACAAGGUGUCGUCAUCAAGCUCAGGUUCCAAUGGCCCAUAUCGUCAGCAUGAUAGUAGUGUCGCAAAUGAAAGGACUGUGGUCGGCAAGGUGCAAGCACCUAAUACUGAAACCAGAAAUACACCAUCAAAAACAACCGAAACCAAAAAUACACCAUCAAAAACAACCGAUCCAGCCAGCUCUUCGGUAGACGUAAGCAAGACAAUUUCCACUUCUUCUUCAGGAAGCGGAAAAGUCUCGACUAUACUCCUAAGCGUUUUGGGCUCUUCUGGUGUUUGUGGUCUCUUGGCUUUUGUGAUCAUCCGCCGAAAGAAAAAACUCGACGAGCAAGCCCGUUUGAAAAAGUCACACGAUCCUGACGCCAGUGGAUACUUUGGAGCAGCACGGUCAGUGUCCGAUUUGUCAACACUUUCUCUUCCAGAAGGGAACGACGCUCGAGUGUCAAUUUCGUCGAUUCCAGAACUUGCAGCAAUACCUUGCAAUGCUCGCAUAUCAACAUCGUCUUCCAUCUCGGCGUCUGACUCGGAUAUUGUACGACAUGGCGGUCAUAUUCCCGAGUUUUCUAUGUCCAACACUACCAAUUUCACCUCUAGCCAGCGAUCGUCCAUUGCAGUGAUGAAUUUUACCAACUCGGAGUAUUCGUCUGCCUUUGGUAAUUCAAUUCUCGAGCACGAGAGUGAUUUCAACAAGUUUGUCAUGAGCGAUGGUAGUAAUUAUGCUGAAUCAUACGGUAACUCGUCCGAAGCUCAGAGCAAUGUCAAUUUCAGCGAGAUUUUCGUGCCAGAUUCGUCCGUCUCGGAAGACAGUACGCUUGUCAAGUCACAACAAGCAGACUUUACCAAGCUCUAA